GUCGUGAGCGCAGCGCACAUCCCGUGGCACAUUCAUGAGCGCAGCCCGCCAUUGUGUGAUCGGCUCCGGACACAAACACUCCUCACAUUGACAGCAGCCACCCCCGCGUCUUCAGUCGCCUCCAGCCAGGCCCAAACCCCACAGAAACCCCGCACUCCGGCCCCAGGACACAGACAUGUCAGCCAGCGGCCUCGAGGAGCAGCUCCAGCGCGGACACUAGAGAUCACACCGAGGCCACACAGAGCAGAGCCGGAUAGCUUAGCACCGCGGUUAGCCGGAUAGCUUGUUAGCUUGUUAGCCGGAUAGCUCCACAGCGGUGCAGUAGGCCUGACCACCUGCGAACGGACUGCUCCAAACUAUCUUCAUCUUUUUCCCCCUCCUCUCCUCUCAUAAAUCAAACCUUCAUGAAUCACCUGGACCCAAUCCAGAGACCGAAAGGCCAAGCAAACAAAGUGCAAAACGGAGCUGUGACCCAAAAGGAGACUUUGAAUGACGAUGAGUUUGAGCCUUACCUGAACACUCAGGCCCGACAGAGCAAUGCCUAUACGGCCAUGUCAGACUCCUACAUGCCCAGCUACUACAGCCCCUCCAUUGGAUUCUCCUACUCCCUGAACGAGGCAGCAUGGUCCACGGGUGGAGACCCUCCCAUGCCUUACCUGGCCUCCUAUGGACAGCUGAGCAACGGGGAGCCCCACUACCUCCCAGAUGCCAUGUUUGGUCAGCCGGGCCCUCUGGGGAGCAACCCUUUCCUUGGCCAGCAUGGCUUCAACUUCUUCCCCAGCGGCAUCGACUUCUCUGCGUGGGGCAGCAGCAGCUCUCAGGGACAGUCGGGCACACCGCAGAGCUCCGGCUACAGCAGCAACUACGCCUACGCCCCCAGCUCCUUAGGAGGCGCUAUGAUUGAUGGACAGUCCCCGUUUGCUCCUGCCAACGAACCUCUGAACAAGGCGCCUGGCAUGAACAACCUGGACCAGAGCAUGGCCGGACUGAAGAUCGGCAGCACUGCUCCGGGGGGAAAUGGGGACAUUGCUCCUAAAGUGGUUGGCUCUGCUUUAACCGGUGGGGGACCACUGGGUCCUGUGUCCUCUGUGGGGCCCCCCAGCAUGCCUCCUGUGUCUAUAGCUCCUGCCAAGCCCGCCUCCUGGGCAGACAUUGCCAGCAAACCGGCCAAGCCUCAGCCCAAGCUGAAAACCAAGGGUGGCAUGGCCGGUGCCAACCUGCCUCCUCCACCCAUUAAACACAACAUGGACAUCGGCACGUGGGACAACAAGGGCAGCAUGCCCAAGGCUGCCACGCCUCAGCAGGUGCCUCAACCCCCCACCAACGGGCAGCCUCCUAAUCAGGCAUCCCCCCAGCCCGGUGCUACUUCUGCCGGGACCCCCCAGCUGCCCCUGAGCAAUGGACAGCUGGUGCCUCCUGUGUCCCAGAUGGGCCAGCUGCAGGCAGGUCAGCCUGCCAUGGCUCCUCUGGCACAGCCUCUGUCCCAGGGUCCCCCUCCGCCCAGCCAACAGCAGCCCUCUCAGCCCACCCGCUGGAUCCCCCCUCGGAACCGCACCAAUGGCUUUGGGGAGGCAGGUGGGAGCGGGACAGGCCAGUCGCCCCCGUCCUCAACCGGAGUGCCCGUGGUCCCAGGUGUCCCUUCUGAACCUCACCCCGUCUUAGAGAAGCUGCGAAUGGUAAACAACUACAACCCCAAGGACUUUGACUGGAACCCCAAACAAGGACGCGUGUUCAUCAUCAAGAGCUACUCGGAGGACGACAUCCACCGCUCUAUCAAGUACAACAUCUGGUGCAGCACGGAGCACGGGAACAAGCGUCUGGACGCGGCCUACCGCUCUCUGGGGGGUAAAGGCCCACUCUACCUGCUCUUCAGUGUCAACGGCAGCGGGCACUUUUGUGGUGUGGCAGAGAUGCGCUCUCCCGUGGACUACAACACGUCCGCGGGCGUGUGGGCGCAGGACAAGUGGAAGGGCCGCUUUGAUGUGCGCUGGAUCUUUGUAAAGGACGUUCCCAACAGUCAGCUGAGGCACAUCCGGCUGGAGAACAAUGAGAAUAAACCCGUCACCAACUCCCGGGACACACAGGAGGUGCCCCUAGACAAGGCCCGGCAGGUGCUCAAGAUCAUGGCAGCCUACAAACACACCACCUCCAUCUUCGAUGAUUUUUCCCACUACGAGAAACGCCAGGAGGAGGAGGAGUGUGUCAAAAAGGUGGAGGUCCAGGGCAGUGAGCCAUAUCCCAGCAACCCCAGCAGCCGAAGUCAUUACAGGAUCCAGGAGCGCCAGGGACGGGUCAAGUAAGCGUUCUAAAGACUGCUAUGGCCUAAAGCCCAACCACCUUUCUCUGCUGAUCUCUAAUUCUACUAGGGGUGAUGAACUAACACGGACAACAAACUAAAUGAAGACUUUCUUGAUUUCUUUUGACUUUAAAGACUUACUUCGAACUUGUAGUAAAAAGAAAAAGGAAACAGAUAUUCAUAGGACUACAACUUAAUGCAUAGCACCCUUAGGUGAACUUUUUUUUGCCCCACCCCAUUCCACUACAUAUGCUUUCUCCCUCAUAUGCUGCUUUCCUUUGAAAAGAAAGGAUCAUUUCCUGUUUUUAUGGUCCAAGAGCCAGUCUAAAUCUCCAGCCACACAAAUCCAACAUAAAUGUGUGAUGUUGUCUUCUAAUGGUUUCCAAAGUGAAGAAUGGGCACUUUGUCUGAUUUUCUGAGUUCCCCUUUGGCCGUGUGCUCCUGAGGAUAAGCCGUGGGACUGUACCAGUGGAGACUCCAUGGAGCGUUCUGUCUCUCCAGCUUCUGUUGUUCGCCAUCAUUUUCUGUUUGAGAGCACUGCUCCUGUUCAACAGCCUUGUUUUGUUUUGAAUGGAUGCUAUAGGGAAGGUAGUGUCUGGGGGUUGUCAAAAUGGGUUGAAACGUUAAGUUGAUAAUUUUACUGUUUAAAAACCAUUGGACUUUAUUUCCAUGUCUUUCCCCUAGACAAGUAAAACCCAAUGCUACAGGCUGCUCUUUUGGUUUCUCUUUUCCUCCGUUUUUCUAAAGACAGUGAUUGGAGUGGCCUUGCCCCCACUCUUUCAUUAAUCAGUUUAAAGGUAAUAAAUGUGAUAUAUUGAGCAGAA